UGACAUUCCAAGCCUGCAUCCUACUUUCCUGGUCUGCCUGUCUAUCCAUCUCUGACUUAUCCUUCUUGUGCAUUUGAUGACUAACACUUCACUGGCGGUUUCUCGAGGCUUUUCUUACCUGCUGUUCUUAUCCUCUCUUAUCUUCACUUGGCUUUUCUGUAAACUGACUUCAGAGAGAUUCCGGCGCUUUAUCAAAAGUCUCUGGGACUUAUCUCUUAUCGUUUGUUUACACGAGAUAUGGAAAGAAGCAUUCUUCGCACUAUACCUGGACGUGUCUUAUCUACAAGGCUGUUAGUAACCGAGAAGCAUAGGCAUCCAAGCCUUCGUUCCGAUAGAGGCAGCCCUCAGCGAUAAAACGUGUGGGAAUGCAUACGUGCGCUUGAUCUGGUC